UUCAUUCAAACACACAUCAAGCAUGAAUGUUUUGGAAAAUUCGUCAUCUGUGAAUGCCUUUCCAUUCCUCACUAAGUCAUACAAGCUGACAGUUGUUGUAAAGGCUGUGUACUUUUUGUCUUAUUCACACAUGGGGACAUUAUAGAAGCCAGAGGUCAGGUUCCUUGUGCUGAAGAAGGCAUUGCCUCCGAGUGCAGCGAGACAGUCAGCUUGGUGCAGCAAUGGAUGGGCAUCUUUAAAGUUUGUGCGUUCAGCCAUCUGAAAUUGGUACAAAUUCUAAGUCCACCAUCCUUCUUCCACACCAAAAUGAGAGCUGAUGCAUAAUCACUCAUGGACUUGCAGAUUAUGCCCUUUUCCUCCAUUUCGAUGAGCACCUGUCUGAGUUUUUCAUAGUGAGGCGGGGGCACUCUCCUGUAUGGCAUGUGGAAUGGGCAGCUAUCAGUCAAUUGGAUGCGAUGCACAAACCCCCAAGCCUCGCCACAAUCAAUGAAACAUCAGCUAACUUGGAGUAACUUUCAAAGUGGCUCCACAAUAACAUUGGAGCACACCUAGGCAGCCUGCCCCAAAGCGUGUUCACUCUGAGGCUACAGUUUCACAGUGCCGAUCUUGUCUGGAACAUCACCACCCUUCCAUUGGGUUCUGCAAGACAUAUCUAACAACUGUUCACUUCAGAAUCAUCAGGUACAGUUGAACAUGUGUUAACAUAAAGAAGUUUGAGAUCCAACUCAACAACACAGGGUGAUUCCGUCACAACACAUGCAGCCCCUCUCCAAGCGUAGGCGCGUUAGUUUUCCGACACGUGGCUUUGGCUGGGUUUGGGUUGGCUGGCAGGGUUACGUGCUAAUCUUCUGCAGUCUUUUUUCCAAUGGCCAGGGGAGUAGCAUUCCAGACACAGAUUCUCCCUUCUACAGUGCAUAAGGGUAGAAUGAUUGGUUCCAUCACACACUUGACAGACCUUUGAAAGGGUUUGGGGGUAUAUGAAUGUGAUGGGAUAGGUGCAGGAACAGUCACUUGCACAUUUCGAUGUGCCAUCAAACGGUCCAAAAGACCUAUUCGUGCAUGCACACCCUGAACGUCGCUAGCUGCCAUUGGGCCUGGUGGUGGGGGGCCAGAAGAUUGCUGCGACAACCUUAUCAAGCAUCAUUUCAAGGUUUAAAAACCUUCCUGUUUUGGCCUCGCUCACCUCGUGUCGUUGAUGUUGUCUGUGAUUGUUUUGGAAGAAAGUCCAUAGUUGCAUUUUGGUGUAUUUCACUUUUCCAUACAGAGAUUGUAGCUUUUGAAAGGUCCUGGAUUUUGUAGCAGCUGACAUCACUUGGCUCAGCAUCUCCUGCAGGAAUGACACAUAUGCAUGAAUGAUGGGCUACAACUAUUAACUCAUUGUAAAUAAUAAUAAUAAUAAUAGUAAAAGUAGUAUAGUGAUACUGUGCUGAAAACAAAUAUAGAGUGAUGGUAAAAAAAAAUAGAUGGGACAACGGUUGAUUCCAAAAGUUGAAUAAAGUUUGAUAAUGCAGUGUGCUGUCCACAUACGGCCAUGUGUUUUACAUCUUUUGUUUAGCUCACUUCCUGACCACCCACACUGUAUGCUGAAUACAAUAAACAUAUCUCACCAUGAUAACUGUUGGUGCUAGUGUGACUAUGAUUCACAGCAAACACACUUCACUACGAUGCUCUGCAUUUAAUGAUUAGAUUAGAGAACGCCAACAUCACUGUACGCUCUGGAGUGGGGGGCUAGCCACCUGCCAUGUGCGGGCGAGGUGAAUCCGAGCAGCCUCCACGCUGCCACGGAGCUCGGGAGUAUAGAGCGGGAAAAAGCCACCCGCUGUGGCCGAGAAGGGUUGCGCUUUAGUCAUAUUCUUUUUCCAUUUUGUCAUUGUUUUUUCUGUAUUGUCUUUGUUUUUUCCAUUUUGGCGUCGCUGUUCCUGUUUUGUCUAUGUCUUUUCCAUUUGCUUUUUGUCAUUGCAUUUAGUAAUGACAAAGGCAAAAGAUUCUGCCAGGAUGACUAGCCCAUACAUGAUUACACGAUUCCUGCUUGCAGUGGCUAUGUAGUUUGUUUUUUUAACAAUCUUUAUUAAUUACAAAAAUGUAUACAAAUAACAGAAACCAAAGAACAUAGCCAGAGGUUGCGUCAAAUAAAAAUAUUUAAGAGAGGGGAGGGGAAGUGACGUAAUGCUGUAAUCUCGCGAGAGUGUGCGUGACGCGCGGAAUACAGACAAGCGGAACAUAGCGCUCUGGAAAAAAAAAGACAAACUCAACUACUUAAACAUUCGCAAAGUAUCUCGACACAAAACCAGCAUAAACACCUUAAAUGCCUAACCAAGCCAAAAACUGGAAGAUGUGGAGGAGUACAUCGACGGGUGCUUCGAACGCGUAGUUAUGGGAAAAUCAACCAAGACACCAAACCCCAAGUGGAGCCGCACGGAGGACUCACCUGGAGAAAUAUCUCCGCCAGGCACUGACAUCAGAGACAUCCUUGAGUCCAUCGAUAAGAGGCUGAUUUGCUUGGAGGGCUGCCUCGCUCUCGUCGAAGUGCUUCACAAAGAAUUCCAGGCCAUCCGUGAAUCUCUGGAAUUCAGCCAAAACCAGAUCGUCUCCUUGGUUACGGAGAACGCCACCCUCUGCGACUCGGUUAAGUCCCUCACUGACGGAGUUUCACAACUCGUCCAAGAAAAUAAGACCAAGAAGGAGACGAUCUUAGACCUCCAGGCCCAGAGCAUGAGGGACAAUCUGGUCUUCGCGGGAAUUCCCGAAAAAUCUGAGGAGGUCCCGGAAGAAUCGGUGAGGGCCUUCAUGGCGCAACAACUCAAACUCCCAGCGGACGCCAUCCAAAACAUCACUUUUCACCGCGUUCACCGCCUGGGAGACAAGAAGCCAGAGAACCGUAGGCCGAGACCCAUCGUGGCGAAAUUUGAACAUUUCAAGCAGAAGGAACAGGUGAAGGGCCGAGGCCGGGAGCUGAAGGGGACGGACUUCAGCAUCAACGAUCAAUUCCCCCGAGAAAUCCUCGACAGGCGCAGACGCCUAUUCCCUGUUCGGAGGAAGUUCAUUAACGAGGGAUGCCGAGCUGUCAUCACGGUGGAUAAACUCUUCGUCAAAGGACAACUUUACCGCGACCGGGAAGUAACACCGUGGCUGUAUUGAUAUGGUAACUAAUGAUCUAUCUCAACCAGGUAACUUUUCUUUCUAUCUCGCAGCGCGCACACUUGUAGCAUUUGCAUGUUACUGUCUGCUCCCACUUUACCCCCCCCCACACUUUUUUUUCUCUCUCUAUCCCACUGUAUGUAUGCACAGCCUUUCUUCUUUUUUGUCCUUUUUUUCUUCUUCUUCUCUUUCUUCCUCUUCUAUUCCCCCCUCUGUCUCACGUUUUCUCCCCUCCUCAUAUUGUCACAUAUCCUCUUGUCUGCCAGCUGUCUCCUUCAUCAGCAUCUCUUCACAGUGACAUCAUACACCCUCAAAGUCCAAACCCAACCAAAUUCAAGCUAUUCACACAAAUACACACACGUGCACGCAUUCUUCUACACAUACACAUCAUAUUCCACUAUUGAUACGGAUAUCACAACUACUCACAAGCACGCUCAUCUCACUUAUGCAUAAACCCACAUCACGUCCUCACUUUAGUUGUCUUAGUUCAUUCAGGAUUACUAUGUUACACUUUGCCUAUGUACAAAUUAAGCAUACAUUUAAAUGUACUGUAUAUACUCCCAUGAUUUUUACUUCCAGGUACACAUACUUCACAUUUGAUCUUGUUUACAUACACAUCACCAAAAGCUAGUGUAGGAUGAACUCACUACAGUUUGUCACUUGGAAUGUCAGGGGAGUUGGGUCGAUAGAAAAAAGACAAAACAUUUUUAAUCAUUUGAAGAACACCCAAGCAGACAUUGUCUUAUUACAAGAGACUUACAUGUCUAAGUCAGCUGUCCAUACACUUCACUCACCACAGUUCCCACACACAUAUUUAGCAAGUUACAACUCCACACAGAGAGGGGUCGUUUAACAAGAGGGUGAAUUUUACACGCCACAACACUAUUACAGACACAGAAGGGAGAUAUAUAAUAAUGAACAUAUCUGUUGAUAAUGUACAUUUCUGCAUUGUCAACAUAAAUGGUCCUAAUGUUGACGACCACUCCUUCUUUCAUGCCGCCUUUUCUUCUCUCUCUGCACAUUUGGAUACAAGUAUGAUCUUGGGAGGGGACCUCAACUUAGUGUUUAAUCCAGAAGUGGACAGGUCUAGCCCAGCUGGGAGACAUCGUGAGUCUCAAUCAACAUCGAAGAAAUACAUGAAUGAUUUUGGUCUUUGUGAUGCUUGGCGCUCUUUCACCUAACACAGGGAAUAUACUUAUUUCUCACCAGUGCACCACACCUACUCUCGUAUUGACUACUUUUUGACAAGCAUCUCAAUCAUAUCUGACAUUUCAAACAUUCACAUACACCCUAUCACCAUUAGUGAUCACGCCCCAGUCUCUCUUUUUCUCACUAACCAAACUAUGAGCGCUCCUACUAGAUGCUGGAGAUUAAAUACAUCAUUACUAAAAGACUCAGACUUCCUAAAAUACUUUGAAAGAGAGUGGACAAUGUUUUUAGACUUCAAUGACCAACCCGGUGUCUCGGCUAGUAUUCUGUGGGAGGCAGCAAAAGCAGUAAUGCGCGGAAAAAACAUUUCAUGUUCAUCAUAUAAGAAAACGAAAGAGAGAUUACUAGAAUCAGAGUUGGAGAAAAAAAUCCAAAUCAUCGAAGCAGCUCAUGCUGACUCACAAGAUGAGCAUAUUCUAAGUAACCUAAGGAAACUGAAACUAGACUUAAAAGAAAUUACUGACAAGAAAAUUCAGUUCCAACUGCAGAGACUACGUUUGGAAAAGUUUGAGCAUGGCAAUAAACACGGAAAAUACUUAAAUUAAGCAACAAGAACAGAAGAGACAUUAAUACCAAUAAAUAAAUAAAUAAAGUGUUAUGAGUGUGUGCGUGUGUUGCGUGCGGCGUGUGUGAGUGCUUCUUUGAGAAGCCUGAUGUCCUGUGGGUAAAAGCUGUUUGCCAGCCUUGUGGUCCUGGACUUCAAACUCCUGUAGCGUCUGCUUGACGGUAGGAGUGUGAAUAAUGAGUGUUGUGGAUGUGUGCUGUCCUUGAUGAGGUUGUUUGUUCUUAACAGGACUCUAGUUUUACAGUAUAAAUGUCUUGCAGUGAGGGGAGGGCUGCCCCAACAAUGUGCUGUGAGGUCUUGAUCACCCGCUGGAGUGCCUUCCUAUCUCGUGUUGUGCAGUUAGGCCAAAUUGAAAAAAACAAAGACAAUGAUGAAAUGUAAAAAGAAUAUGACUACAUUUGUAUAUUUUUUAUUAUUGAUUCUCUUUGUAUUUACACAUGUAUUCCCUAGACAUCAGCAAUGCACCUAAGGAGGAGACAUGACAGUAUGGCAUCAUGAAGGCAGCGUUAGCCACAAACUCCAUCUUGACAGUUAACCACCUGUUAAAAAGUUAGCAGUGGUCCUUAGGUGUGUUAAAGGGAUAGUUCGGAUUUUUGACAUGAAGUUGUAUGACAUCCCCAUCAGCAUUGUAGUCCAAUAACAAUGACUUACUCCCCACUUGGUCUCCUAGGUCCAGCUGUAGUCAGAUUUCUGUGAUGAAGAACGUAGUUCCGCUUAGUUGUUGGGGACAAUUAAGUAAAGAGUUUGGCUUCUAGAAACAAUAUGCGUUCAAAAGGUUCAAACAUUUGCAUCACAAAAAUGCCUUCUAAAAAACGAAACCCCACAAAACGUCAACACGGCCUCGCCCUCCCUCUGGUCAACCUUCAAAUCUCAUUAGCCAAAUCACUGAUGAGGGUACUCAGUUCAACAUUACAGGUGCUCUGCUUCAAGCGCUCACAUGAUCGCUCUGCUGGUCACAAGGGGAACUUUGAACAGGUGUGGAAUUAAAUCUCGGGGCACUCAACCCACCCACUUCAGGAGACUAGACACCACCCCUUAGGAACCACCCUAUUCCAAAUCCCAUAUCAGAGCAAUUUACAUUCCCCGUCAUCGACUCCACCCCUUAGCACAGACAUGUCUAUGGUUAUAAUCAGACUUGUAUGAUUAUAUAUACACAGAGAAACCAGGAAAAAAUAUAUAUCUUCAUAUAUGUCACAGCAAAUGAUCAGAAAAGUAGCCGACUAUGGUGAGCAUCCCACGGCGAUCGAGACGGCAUCAAUCUCCAGCUGCAUCCGCAGGUCACGGCACAAGAGUAACCCGCCUUAGUUUCCUCUGCGUUGUGUUCUGGUGGGUUAUAAAGAAGGGAGUCAUGAUGGUCUUUGAUGUCUUUUAUUUCUGCUUGAAACAUACAUGAGCUGUGUGCUCCUUCAUGCAUUUCCUGGUUCUCCUCUUCCACAUCAGAAACGUGCAGAGAGUACUCACGAGAAUACAGCACAUGGCGCACACAAUACUGAACUUUAUAAAAUAAAGAACAAAAUGUACAGCUGGUGCAGCAAUGACAUCAUACCUGUGUGGAACAUACAAUACAUGAGCUGUGUGCUCCUCCAUGCAUUUCCUGGCUCUCCAGGAAAUCACAAGGAGAUACCAAAUACAUCAAAUAUGUGCAGACAUGAAAAGAUGGCCGCUAGCCGACCCGUGCUAGCAAAGCUAGCUUCCACUUCGUUAGCACACCAUUGUUUUAAAGUACACAAUACAAUAAACACGUUGGGGGAAAAUCUCACUAGACAUCCACAAUGCAACAUACAACACAACACAGUCAUCGACGAGACAGCACAACAAAUCCACGAACACAUUUCACGCAACUUUCGGGUCGACAGCACAUUUUACAUCUUACCUAGUCCACAUCAGAAACGUGUGAACGAGAGCGCGCAUAACUACGUCACCACGCUCCAGCACACACUGACACUCGCACCAUACAAUACUAGUACAUAUUAACAUAUUUACACGUACAAAAUCUAAUGAUAAUGCUUUAAGCGUUUUGGUGAAAUUACCACCAUAACCUUUUUGUUUUUUAUUACUAUUGUGUCUGAAAUUAUCUUGGAGACUAUUUUAUUUUAUAUUAUUGUUGUAUUCAAAGUAAAAAAAAGGGAGAGAGCGAUAGCUACACUGAUUGUUUCGUGUUGCCAGUCUUUGACACUAAAAGGAUUUUUUUUAUUUAAAUCAUUCCAGUUUCAGUAGUAGCUCCAACUAAACUCUUUGAUUGCGUAUAAAGAACUAAAUGCAAAUCAUUUGGUUGUAUAUAAUAAUUAGGUGUGUAUUUGGAUGGUUUGUGGCUCAUCCAAAUGUAUGCUGCUUACUGGUUUCUGAUUAUGAUUCCAUGUCGC